AUGUCCGGAGACGGCGCGCUAGAGAUCAAGAAUCCCCGGCGGAUCCUAGCCGUCAGCUUGGAGGUUGCCACCCAGCAUCUAACUCGGGUGGUCCAAGAGGCAGCAUCUACAACAUUGGCCGGCUCAACCCACGAUCUGAAUCUCAAGACGGCGUACUACACCGCCGUGGUCCCCACCUGGAUCGACCUCAUCGCCUCCCCAGAGGAAUGGAGCGCCUCGUUCCUGUCCCCCGAGGCCCGCGAGGUCCUCACCGUCCUCGGCGGCCUGGUCCUCGUCUUCCCCCUCUCGAGCGCCACCGCCGCGGGCACCCAGCCGACCAGGGACGUGAUCAGGCAGGUCGGCAGGGUCGUCAAGGAGGGCCUCGGGGGCUGGGAGUGGGACGGCGUUGGGCUCGCCGUCGGCGUCGGCGAGGGCGAGACGGACGAGUGGGAUGAGCUGUGCGCCGAGGCGGGCCUGGAGUUUGUGCAGGUGACGGGCUCGUCGCGGGAUCAGGGCCGCAAUGAGUUUGGAGGCAAGUUUUUACUUUCUAUUCUCUAUGUAUUUGGCUUCUCACCCCAUCAAACAUGGAGGAAGAAGAUGGGAAUUGCAAGAAUCCUGGAAGCCCUCGAGGCUAAUGACUGGGAACAAGGCGCAGGGCCGCUCUCGGACUUCGGAGACUUCGAGGGAGGCGAUGGCGACGGGGGAGACGACGAGUUCGACCCCGAGAGCCUCGACUUUGGCUUCGACAGGGCGGAUUUCGAGGGUAUGCGCAUGGAUAUACUUGGCGCUGGAAGGGACAGCCAAGGCGGCAGCGGGGAAGCGUCGAGAAUGGCUGAAGGGCUACGCGGCAUCAAGAGCGAGGAUUCCGUAGCUGCGUCAGCGUCGGCACCAGCGGCUACGGAGAAGCCGGAAGGCGAAAAGAGCACGGAAGAGGAAGGGAGCGACGAGGAAUUGAACGAUGAUACUAUCGCCAAGUUGGAGGGAAUGAUGAGGAAACUACAGGCCGCGAAGGAGGCGGGUGAGGGGAUGAGCGAGGACCAGAAGAGACGGAUAGCAAUGAGGGCAGUGGAGGAGGUGAUGCGGGAGCUCUGA